UAUAACCCCGCUUCUCGGAUGAACAUGAAACAGUAUUAUUACUGAUGCUACUGUGGAGUCUUACUCAGCAGUUACUUUUUAGAUAUUCAUAAGCAACAAGUUCCCUGUGCAACAGAUUUUAUAGCCCUGUUGUGUUUAGCAUUUUCAUGUAGUGUUUGGCCACGUGCGUUCAGCUGAUUUUUCAGCUCUCACAGUGACAUUAGUCUGCAUGGAAGCAAGGAGCUGGAAGGCUUUUGUCUGCCCAGUGGCACAUGUGAUCAUCAGCACUAUAUGGGUGAUAUAACUGAGACACUGAUCUCUUGGUGGUUGUGGUCUUUGCCUAAACCAUGGUUGCAUAGUGUGAUACUUGUUCUAACUAUAUUGCAUUAGCCUUGUGUUUUGCCCACAGCAGCUCAUAAACUACUGAUAAUAUGCUUCAUGUAAUGAAAACUGCAGCAUCCUGGCCUUGCUUAGUAAAAGUAAGAUAAGAGAAGGAAUUAAAUUUUUCAGCUAAUAAAAUCUGCAGACAGGUCUGAAGGGUUUUUGAAGGUGGAUUUUUUUGAGUGAGGAAAGGGAAUUUCCUCCAAAUUUCUUUAAAACCUUGUUAAACAGUUUGGGCAUAUUGCUAAAAUCAGUAUCACAGUGGUAGUGUUGGCUUAAGGUAUGAACCAGAUAUCAUUUGUAUCACACAUUGUAGGUAAGAAUGUGUUUCACAUUUUUAAUUGAUAUAGUUGAGUGUUGGGGCUUUUUCAAAGCUAUUGCUGUCUUCUUCCUCCUGUCUUUCAUGGUCUAACUGCAGUACGGAAGAGGCACGCUAUGGUUGUCUAAAUUUGGUCAGGUUAAUUUUUUCAUUUAUAUUUGGGACACAAUAUUAGCAUUCUUUCCAUUAAUAUGUUAAUAUGUUUCUUUCUUUUUGUUCCCCCUGCAGACAUAUGUUUGCUAGAAACCUGACAAUGCAUUGACGUCGGUGGGUGUGUGUAUAAUGUAAUGAGUAUUCUGUGGAUUUUUUUUAAACAUUCCAUGCAUACUGAAAUACACAUUGUUGUCAAACUGUGCUGUUGCCAUCAAUUUAACUGACUUGGGGCCAGCCUUUGUUAUUGGAGUCAUAUGCAGGUUUGUCACUAACCUGCCUGUACUUAAAGGCAAAAUGUAUCCUGAAUUUCUUUGGUUCAUUUUAUCUUAGUACGGGCAGUUGCCUGAACACAUCACUAAAGAGGCUUUAUUUAUUUUUUUCUUUAUACUGACACAACGGCUCUGUACUUUAUCUCGCUUUCCCAAUAAAGUUACUCUUUCAUUCUGAUCUUGGAAUGAACACAAACCAAAUCUAGUCUGGCCUGGAUAUAAAUGAAUACUGGGGUUUGGGUAGAUACAUGCACUUCACCUUUUCAGGAUUUUUCUGAACUUCCCCUGUAUUUCACAAAUAAAGAUUUAUAUUAAAAAUACCCAUCAGGUGUCAAUGAUUCCUUCCCUGCCCAUGCUGAAACACUGCUUGCCUGGUCUUGGAGUAAAGGACAGUGGUGGCAUGAGAAUGUGGAUAUAAUGCAGUCAGGUUAUAACCUGCUUUUCCUCUCCAACAGGCUCUGCCAGAGUGGAACUGCUUCACUGCUUGGUUUGGAUCAUUUAGCUGAAUCAACAAAGGUUCAGCAACAGCUCUGUGACAGAUACAGCCGCACAUGUGGAAUCCUAGUCCUGGCUGGCAGUUCCCAAAGGGGUCCCUGUGCAGCUGAAUCCAGCUAUGAGUCCUCUCUUUCCCCCCCAAGGGGGAUCACCUUCUGACUGCUCCAUUACAGGAGCAUUACAGGACACAAAACAAAAUGUGGGCCUGACUCUUGUUUUUUACCUCACUCAGUAGACCCUCAGGCCUCACAGUGUUGGGGGAAUACAGUCCAAAUGCAGGUCAGCAGAAACAGAUUAAUCUGAAAUACCUGACUUCACCAGUAAGCAGCCUGGAGGCAUCAUUGUAAGCUACUGUGCAAGAACCUCUGACGUAUAGCUUGUAGCAUAUUAGAGUGAAUGUUUUAUCACAAGUAAAUCUGAAUAACGUGCUGCCAACAGCAUUGCUGGCAAGGUCAGUAUGCAGCUGGUAGUGGCAAUUUUCAAGUGAAAACCAAAAUGUGGCGUGCUAUUUACUUCAGAGAAAUGACUCUCACUUUUGGUAUUUAGCUGUUAAUGUUGUCUUUGAAAAGAGGCAAGUUGAUUUCUGUUUAUGGGAGAAAAACUCCCAUGGGUGUCAGUGCAUCCUUAGGCCAUUUGUAACUAGGAGGAUGGUCUUUAAAGGUAGCCAGAAACUUGAGAGGUAUCUCGGGCUGUCCACACAGUCGAAUCUGCCCUGUACAAAUGAGUAUCUGAAAAAAAGAAAUUAACUGCGAAAACAAAAUUGUACACACACAUCCACAGCAGCAAAAGAGCUCACAGAUGGGAAGAGUUUGUGUUUAGAAUCUCAGGAGACAUGAUUUUUGCAAUAGCAUUUAUUCAUACCUAAAUACAUAGAAGUAGUUGAGAGUUUUAAUGACAUUUGUUUGUUGUAUUUAUCCCUGUCUUGCUCUGCUAUGGGAGGAAGGAAGGACAAUAUGUGCAUGCACAUGUGUAUACAGACAAAAUUCCUUGCAGCUGUGCAAUACAGUGUCUUUGUAUGUGAAGAAACACUGUUUGAAAAAAUAUCUGCAAGUUUAAAUGGGUGUGGAAGGAGAGAAGCUGAGAAGAGGAUCCCCAGUGGAGCCAGCUUAGAAGAGCAAAAUUUCCAGAGUUCUUGAGAGAUGGCUUUAGAGACAUGUGGAAGCUGUUUGAGUUGCCUGCUGAUACCUCUUGCACUUUGGAGUAUUGUUGUGAACAUCCUCCUGUACUUCCCGAAUGGGAAAGCUCUGCAUGCAGCCAGUUACCAGCUCCCCAGCUACGUGUGGUAUUUUGAAGGGAUCUGUUUCUCAGGUGUGAUGAUCCUUCUUUUGGCAGUAAUUCUGAUGACACUGGAGUGUAGCGUAUUCUAUCGGUGCUGCCAGAGUGAGAGCUGUAACAAAACCUACAGAAGUUUUAUUUCAAUUGUACUAGCCCUGCUUGGAGUUGCUUUCUCAGGAUACAGUUGCAUCAUUUUUACCCUGGGUUUGAUUCAAGGCCCUUUCUGUAAUUCAUCAAGUGGAUGGGAUUAUAUUUUCAAAGACACUGCUGGGAGGUACCUCACAGAUUACCCUGCCUGGUCUCGAUGCACAGAACCUGCUAACAUCGUGGAGUGGAAUGUCAUUUUACUCUCCAUUCUCAUAGCUCUCAGUGGGCUGCAGCUGAUCAUCUGUUUUCUCAAAGUGGCUGCCGAGUUGAAGCGAACGCUCUGUGGGACCUAUUCUGUUUUUGUCCAGGCUGGGAUUCUCUGAAAAUGGGAAGGAAAUUGUCACUGCUUCUCCCCCACCACCAGAAAAAGAGAGAUGGCCUGUCCAACAUCCAUGGUGGUAGACUUGAGUGCUACAAAGACAAAUGAAACCUUUCUCUUCAAUCUUUGUCUCUCAAACCUCUCUGCUUCGGAUGAAGUUGUUUGAACUGUUUGACAUCUACACUUUAUUUUGCCUGUCUUGUUGUCCCUGGCAGGGACUCUUCAAUUUUUUAACCUCCAACUUGUUGUGACAGUAGGGAUGUUUGAAUACCAUGGAACUACUUUUGUAUUGAAACCACAUUUCUUUUUUUUAAUAAACUGCUGUAGAACUGCU